AUGGAUAAGUUCCAGGCAUUUGGCAAGAACUUCAGUGCGAACUUCACGCCCUUCGCUGCGCGCACACAGCAGUUGAUCCGGGAGCAGCUGGGCCAGGUUGAGGACAAGACCCAACUCCCUGCUGAGUACAUCGACCUAGAGAAGCGCGUUGACGCUCUGAAGCUGGUGCACCAGAAGCUCCUUCAGGUGACCUCCCAAUACUCAAACGAAGCCUACGACUAUCCACCCAACAUCCGCGAGUCCUUCAACGACCUAGGCCGCACCAUCAACGAGAAAGUCCAGCUCCUUUCGCAGGCCAGUACUCCCGCCGAAGCUCAGGCCGCCUUGACCGCUCCUCCGGCCGCCAAACCCCAGCCCAAGACCUUUAGUCAUGCCAUUGCGCGUUCUUCUCUAGCUGGAUCCCAGACCCUCGCGACCACCGCAACCGGCGAAGACCCUCUUGCGACUGCUCUGGAGAAGUAUGCGCUUGCUUCGGAGAAGGUGGGCGAGGCCCGUCUAGCGCAGGACGCUCAGAUCCAGUCACGCUUCCUCGCUGGGUGGAACACCACUCUUAACACGAACUUGAUGUUUGCUGCGAAGGCGCGCAGAAACGUCGAGAACGCUCGUCUGAUGCUCGACUCGGUUAAGGCCAGACACAGCGCUGAUUUGGACAACCUGAGCGAGGAGGCUCGCUCUGAGAUCGAGCAAGCCGAAGAUGAAUUCGUCGGACAGACAGAGGAGGCUGUGAGCGUGAUGAAGAACGUCCUUGAUACCCCCGAGCCCCUGAGGAACCUAGCGGAUCUUAUAGCCGCACAGCUGGAAUACCACAAGCGGUCCUAUGAGAUUCUUAGCGAGUUGGCCCCUGUUGUUGACUCGCUUCAGGUUGAGCAAGAGGCCAGCUACCGCAAGAGCCGCGAGGGCGCAUAG